AUGCAGAAGCCGAGUCCGCUCGAACUGCAUCACCCAAAGCAAGAUAGCGGGCGACAUGGUCAGCAGCGGCCGGGAAAUCAUCUGCAGAGAGCGACGUCUUCGCUCCUUCAGCGCAUACGCGGAGCGACAGGAUGUCCUCUGCCCAAGAAAGAGCAGCAUUUCCGCGCUCUAGUUGCGUGUGAAGUUCACGGAUGCGGGCACAGGCGGCCGUGGAUGUGCGAGCGGCCGAGGAGAGAAGAGAGGAGAGCUCUUCCGAGUCAUCGGAAAUGGCCGCGGAGAGUUGAGCUGCAGAUAAAAGAGAUAUCGCGCGUGUCGCGGAGAGAGAAGCCGACUGUGCAAUCUGGUCGUCGAGCUGUUGCUCGAUGUCCAGAGAAUUUUCAAGGCAUUGUUUCAGGGCCUGCUCCACAGAGGCAACGGUUGGCAACGCGGAGACGUUGA